AUGUCCUAUAGAGCUUUGAAUCAACUGGAGCCCAAUAGCAAUAACAAUAAAAUGGUUUCAAAAUUCACAAAGAUUUAUAGAGCUACUUAUACACAAGCUCAUAUUAUUGGAUUUGUUUCAUUUACUCAACCAGGUAUUUGGUCUGCUAUUGCAAAUUUGGGUGCUGGUGGGUUACAAUCUGUAAACACUGCAAAUAUUGCAAAUGCUAUUUUAUUUGGUAUCAUGUUUGUAACAGCUCCUUUAUAUGCUAUAUUAAUUAAUAAAAUAGGUUUGAAACUAAUUCUUGCUUGGGGUACUUUAGGUUAUGUUUUUUGGAGUGCUGGUUUAUAUCAAAAUUCUAAAGAUGGUACUGAAUGGUUAAUCAUGUUUGGUGCUGUUACUUGUGGUAUAUCUGCUAGUGCAUUAUGGUCUUCUGAAGCUACUGUUGCUAUUCUAUAUCCAGAUGAUAAUCAAAGAGGUAAAUUUGUUGGUACAUGGCAAUUAUGGAAUAAAGUUGGUGGAUUAAUUAGUGGUGCAAUUACAGUCGCAUUGAAUUUUAGAAAUGGAUCAGCUGGUGGUGUUUCAUUGAAUACUUAUAUUGUCUUAAUUGCACUUCAAUGUUUAGGUUUACCUGUAUCAUUAUUGUUAUCUUCACCGGAUAAACUUAUACGUAAAGACGGUAAGAAAUUAAAAUCAAAUUUAACACAAGAAUCAUGGAAAUCAAGAUUUAAAACACUAUGGAGAGUUUUUUUAACAAAAGAAGUAUUAUGUCUUACUCCAUUAUUCAUUUCAAAUGUUUGGUUCAAUACUUGGCAAUCAAAUUACAUGACACAUCAUUUCAGUGUUCGUACAAGAGCUUUAAAUUCAUUACUUACAGCUUUAAUUAACGGUGGUACUGAUGUUGUUGCAGGUAUAUUACUUGAUAUUAAAAUGAGAAGAUCCAUAAAAGUUAGAAUUUCUUGGGCAAUUACCGCUUCGAUAUUGGUUGGAUUUUUCAUCUAUAGUUUAGUCAUUCAACACGAGUUUGAUAUUAAUCCAGAAGAAGGUAUUGACUGGAAAGGUAAUCCAAGAUAUGCAAGAAGUUUCAUUCCUUUCCAAAUCUUCAAAAUUGGUGGUGAAUUAGUUUUCAAUUGGGUUUAUUGGGUUAUUGGAGCUUAUCAUUUCCCACCAUCUGAUAUUCCAUAUGUUUCAGGUAUCAUUAGAUCAUUUGAAAGUUUAGGACAAUGUUUAGGUUUUGUUGUUGGGACUGUUAAUACAAAUGAUAUGACAAAUUUAGCAGUUGCAGCUGGUGUUUUCUUUCUUUCUAUUCCAUCAACAACUUAUAUCGCAUGGCAAGUUGAUGAUGAACCUGUUGAAAAAGAUAAAUUGGAAUCUGAAACUGAAGGUUCUUUACACAGUGAAAAUGAAGAUCAUGCUGAAUCAGGUGAAGUGUUAGAUCAAUCUAGUAAAAAUAAUUUGAUUGAACGUGUCAAUACUUUAUCUGAUUGA